AUGCGAAUAAUCAGAAGAGCGAUUGUAAUCGGAAACGGCGUCGCCGGCGCCGAGAAUCAGUGCCUUGGUUUGGUUCGAGCCUUGGGUCUCUCCCAAUCCUAUACUCUCUACCGAGUUACAAGGCCAAGUGGUGGAAUCCAUGAUCGGCUUCGUUGGUUGCCUGUUCCCAUUCACAAAGAGUUUGAACGUGUAGUGAAUAAAUUUAUGGGUUGCGGAGAUGUAACCCUUCAAACGAAGGGAUCAAGGAGUACUAUUAAAGAAGCUGAAGCACAUCACAUUGCUAAUGUGGCUAGAGAAACAUUUGACAGGGAUGGUCCUACUUUGGUGGUUGCAUCAGGCAGGGAUACGAUUUCUGUCACUAGUUCCGUGAAACAUUUAGCUCCUAAAAAUGUAUUUGUUGUUCAGAUUCAACAUCCUCGUUCAAAACUAAACAGAUUUGAUUUGGUGAUCACUCCUCGCCACGAUUAUUUUCCAUUGACGCCUGAGGGACAGAAACAGAUUCCCUGGUUUCUUCGGUGGUGUAUAACACCUUGUGAACCUCCUAACAGAAGAGUGGUAACCACUGUGGGCGCCCUUCAUCAAGCUGAUUCUGCCGCACUGCGGGCAGCAGCAUCCGUAUGGCAUGACAAGUUGGCUCUUCUGCCUAAACCUUUGCUGGUAGUCAACAUUGGAGGACCUACGAAAUCUUGCAAAUAUGGAGUAGAUCUGGCUGAGCAAUUGUCGGCAUCUUUGCAAAGUGUUCUCCCAACUUGUGGAAGUCUCAGGAUAUCUUUUUCUCGUAGAACUCCAAAGCAGAUAUCAGACCUCGUGCAGAGGGUACUAGGAAAUAUUCCUAAAGUUAUCAUAUGGAAUGGGGAAGAUCCAAAUCCCCAUAUGGGACAUCUAGCUUUAGCAGAUGCGUUUGUCAUUACAGCUGACUCGAUAAGUAUGUUGAGUGAGGCUUGCAGCACAGGGAAGCCUGUUUAUGUGAUUGGUGCAGAGCGAUGUCGGUGGAAGUUUGCAGACUUUCACAAAUCUCUGUUACAUAGAGGAGUUGUUCGACCAUUCACUGGAAAGGAAAAUAUAUCUGAAAGAUGGUACUACUCUCCACUCAAGGAUACUGAGGAGGCAGCUGAUCAAGUUAUAGCAGCGUUGGCUGAGCGUGGGUGGAGGCUGCAGCGGAAAUAA